ACCCCGGAGCGGAGAUCCCGGUGCUCCCGCCAGCCGCACCAUGAGCGCCCCCCGCGCCGCCCCCAUCUUCGCGCCUGGCGAGAACUGCAGCCCCGCGUGGGGCGCGGCGCCCGCGGCCUACGACGCGGGGGACACGCACCUGCAGAUCCUGGGCAAGCCGGUGAUGGAGCGCUGGGAGACGCCGUACAUGCACUCCCUGGCCGCUGCCGCCUCCUCCAGAGGUGGCCGGGUCCUGGAGGUGGGCUUCGGCAUGGCCAUCGCUGCCUCCAGGAUCCAGGAGGCGCCCAUCGAGGAGCACUGGGUCAUCGAGUGCAACGACGGUGUCUUCCAGCGGCUCCAGGACUGGGCCCCGCGGCAGCCGCACAAGGUCAUCCCCUUGAAAGGCCUGUGGGAGGAAGUGGCACCCACUCUGCCAGAUGGUCACUUUGAUGGGAUCCUGUACGACACGUACCCGCUGUCCGAGGACACCUGGCACACUCAUCAGUUCAACUUCAUCAAGGAACACGCCUUUCGCCUGCUGAAGCCGGGGGGCAUCCUUACCUACUGCAACCUCACGUCCUGGGGGGAGCUGAUGAAGACCAAGUACUCGGACAUCACCACUAUGUUCGAGGAGACACAGGUGCCCACGUUGCUGGAGGCAGGCUUCCGACGGGAGAACAUCCACACAGAGGUGAUGGAGCUGAUCCCGCCGGCCGACUGCCGUUACUAUGCCUUCCCGCAGAUGAUCACGCCUGUGGUGACCAGGCACUGAGCUCCCCGGGUCUCCUGGCCUCUGGCAGCUCCCCUUGACCCCCCACUCAGUGCCUUCCAUGCCGGUAAGCAGGCCCCGGCCUCCCAGCCCGGGUUAGAGCCCUGGCUGUAUGACAUCAGGUGACGUUUCCUAACCUCUGUCCUCGUUUCCAAAACGAGAACUCUACUACCUCCCUUCCAGGGUCGUUGAGGUUGAAAUAAAACGCUAACACUGGGCUUUGCCAAUCUGUACCGUGUAAACGUGUGUUUUAAUCCUCUGCCCACUCAAAAAAAAAAAUACGGGAGCUCCAGGAGGACCAGCUUCUGUACCUACUGCCGCCAC